GACGAUGAAAAGAUAAUAUCGAUCAGAGGCAACAGCGCGCAUUCCAUCAUGACUUAUUUUCUAUUCUAAUGAUGAAAAGGUAAUCAAUCUGAAAGUUUAGGUGAAAUGAUGAAUUCUGAAUUUUAAUGUGCAAUCUGAUCUGAAAUGCGCAGAUGGGUUUUAUUGUGUAGAGUUUCGGUGAUGCAUGGGAAUGUAAGGCAAGGAGAUAUGAUUGUAAAAAAAAAACUGUAAACAUCUGAAGAGUUAUGUGAUUAACUUUAAUUUGCUCCUGAUUUCUCACCACUUACAAUUGAUUGAACAAGUCUGAAAUAUGUCAACAUUUAUUUCGAUUAAGGACAAUGCGUGGCAAUUUAGAAAUACCAAUUUUUCUAAAUAUGAUUUGUUGGCUGUACUGAGUGUUGCUCCGAAAUAUAUAAGAAAAGGGAUAGAUGAGUUUGAAGCCGCCAGACUGCUUCAUUGUCAUGCACAUAUUUCACAAGAAGACAUUAGUGAUGGAGACAGACAAUCUGCACAGGAACUGAUGUGCACUCUUCAACGUUCAACCAGUGGCAGAGAAAGAAGGAGGGAAAUGGUAAACAGUUUAUGCAAAGCAAGAAUCCACGAAGUUGAUGAUAUUAAUUUAGCGCAAACAUACGCGGAGGAAGCCCGGAAAUUUGCGUUAGAAGGAUCACAUUUUCCCGCCGACCUCGAAAAUAUAACCAGAUACAAGUCUUUUCUAAAUACAAACACACAUGUGAAGCAAAAGACUUAGUAUAUGGGUAACUGUUAAAGCAUAUAAAGCGUUUCAGGUUGAAUUUAUAUAAAACAAACAUGUGAUUUCAUUAUUGUCACUUAUUUCGCUGACAUGGCUAUACGCCGCAAUUAUAAUUUUCCUAUUUUUAUGUGAGAUCAUUUGUUUCUUUAAGUAAUUUUACUGAUAUUUUCAAGCCAUUUCAUAAUAAAAUGCAAUUAUUUGCUCAAGCCAAUGUCGUUGAUACUCAUUUUUUUUAAGGUAACUAGAGUAGAUAUUUUGAAAAUGAUUUGCUACUAUGUAACAUAAUAAACUGGUAAGCUAUAUACAUGUGAAUUAUUAGUUACUGGCUUUAAAAAUGAACCGUCUAUAAGAUUUGUCAAGGACUUUUACCCUCGUAAAUGUAAUUAUAUUUAAAUGAAACAAAAAGGUCUUGUAUUUUUGUUGGAAUCAUAUUCAACUUAAUAUACAUUUUGUGAUAUAUGCAGUGUAUAUACAAUUAAAUAUUGUUGAACCACAUAAUGUUUUCGUCUCAACAUUCUCUAACUGUUAGUAAAUGUUUAUGUCUCGUUAUCCGGUCUCUCAAGACAACAGAAUCAAAAUAGAAGGAAGAAAAAAUAUAUUCUAGCUAAGUUUGUUAUGAAUGAAUUUAAGCAAACCACAAAGUCUUGUGAAAAUAAGUACCCGAGCUACCAUAUUGCAAACUACCUUACGGGCCGACGUUUACACAUCAUUCAUCGUAACUGAAACUUAUCGAAACUGAAACUUGUGCAGGUUUUUCCGAUGAUUAAUAAAUUAUGCAUUAUUUAAUACUUCUCGUGAUAGUGGUAGAAAAAGCGUGACAAUGUGGUAUAUUGAUCGCUGGCAGUAAGGAGUAUAUGUCGGUUCAUGAUCAUUGAUUUUCAAAAGAAUAUUAUUUUAUUUUACGGU